UGGGAAAGUAAGGGGAAAUACGAAAUCCAAAAGUUUCUCUAGUAAUAUUUAAGCUGUUAAUUAGCGGCUCAAAGACCAAGGAGGUACUUAAUUAUGAGGUAACGCGGGCUGCAUUCUCCUCCCGGCAACAAACGUCAGAUCCUUCUACCUCCAGGACCUACUUGAACGUCAAGGCCCGUUUCCUGCUCGUCUCAAAAUUCUUUUUAUUCCUUUGAAUUGCCGAGCCCGCUGUCUCAACCCAUAAACUGGAUAUCCAUACGGUUGUUUACUUGAGUAAUCUGGCUCAAUUGACCGUCUUGUUUUUGAGCUUCGUGUGUUGAUAGCUCUCUUAUUAGCUCAACAGCUCAAUAGCAUUGAGCUCUCGCGACUUUUCCUAGCAAUGGCUGCUCGCACCCUUCUCCGUCCAGGUGCCAUACGGCAUUUGGGAAGCACCUCCACUGCUUUCUCCCCUCCGAUGCGCCGCUAUUUGUAUCAGCAGAGCGGUGGUCCCCUUCCAAUAAUUUCCUUAGCAAAUCGCACUGUGCCUCGAAGAGCAGGUCGCUUCCCUCUCCCCCAGGGCCCCCAUUCAAUUCAAAGAUGUCAGAUUACAAGCACAGGCGUCAGGAUGGAUAAGAUAGACGCAAAGGCAGAAGAAAAGAUUGCGAAACAAAAGAUUGAACCAGACCCAGCGCAUGUCUCCACCGCUUCAUCCGUACGGCCGGUAUUGAGCGAGCUUAGCCAAGGAGAUCAGGGAAAGGAGACCGACAUGUUGGCAGGAAUCAGAACGGACUUGUCAACAGUCAAGGACACUUUUGCAUUGAAGGAAGUUCCUCGAGAAGCGUAUUAUCUUGGGCUGGCCGGGGUUUUGCCAUAUCUUGCUACAUCGCUCACGACAGUCUACCUCGCUUGGGAUGUAAAAUAUGCAGCUGAGGCAGGUACUGGCUUCCUGCUUUCUGGGCCAACGGCCGAGGCAUUUUUAAAAUUUCUCGAGCCUAUUCAGAUCGGUUACGGCGCCGUGAUUAUUUCCUUCCUGGGCGCUAUCCACUGGGGCCUGGAAUAUGCAGGCUACGGCGGACAUCACAGCUACCGCCGUUAUGCAAUCGGCGUUCUAGCUCCGGCCAUUGCAUGGCCGUCUGUGCUCAUGCCAGCCGAAUACGCGCUUAUUUCACAAUUUGCCGCCUUCAACCUUCUAUAUUUCUUGGAUGCUAAGGCUACCGUGAGGGGAUGGACGCCUCCCUGGUACGGCACUUACCGCUUUGUAUUGACCUUCAUCGCCGGAGCCAGCAUCGUGGUUAGUCUUAUUGGCCGAGGCGAGAUUGUCAACAUGCUGGGACAUGCUCCGUCGGCCGGCGACAAAGUGAAUCAACUCAAAGAAACACAGACUACAAGCCUGGAGGAGGAAGAGAAUGAGAAGCGGGCGCAUCUUGCGACCCAGGAGGAAGAGAGCAAGGCCGAGGAGAGCAAAGAUGAGGAGAGCAAAGACGAAGAGAGCAAAGAUGAAGAGAAUAAGGAGGAAGGGAGCAAGAAGGAGUAAUUAAUCGGGCGUACGGAUGGAUGGCAAAGUGCCUUUCCAAAAUAACAUUUUGAGUUUGGAGAAGGUUGCCCCGGAAAUUAGCCGGGGUUCUUCGGGAUGAUCUUUGAGCGUAGCGACUGGGGGUCAAUUAUUGAAAAAAAUAUCUUCAUGCAUGCACGUACAUAUGCAUUGACGCUAGCGCGGUUUUGUUUCUUCUUUAUUUGGUUUUCUAUUAUAUUUUAUUUUAUAAUUUUUUUCCCUUU